AUGACAGAUGAGAAACUUGACGUGAGAUAUGUUCUAGGACUUACAUCAUACAUGAAUAAGAAAACAAAAUCAUUUUCACAUAUACAAUAUCCUGAUAAUGAAUUAGCUUAUCGUAGUACACCAGAAUAUUUGCGUAAAUUGUUACGUACUGCUGCUUUGGCUGCCACUGCAUCUUCAAACGGCGCUACAAACGGCGAUAUAAACGGAUCAAAUAUUAUCCGACCAAAAAGUGCAAAUGAUUUAUCAUCAAAAUCAAAUUCAUCAUUAAACAAAACGUUUAUUGGAAAUCCAAAGUAUAAAUCACCCGAAGAGUAUUAUGAUGAAGUUAUAGCACUGAAGAAACAAGUCUCAUCUAUGAAAGACGAAAAUAAUAGUAUGCGUGCAAAAGUUCGACGUCUCGAAGAAGAAAAUACGAGAAGAAUUAAAGAAAUCGAAGGACUAUGUGAUACCAGCAAAGAUGGUGAUUUUAGAAGAAUAGCAUCCAUAACUGAUCGUAGUAAUAAUACAGCUAAUGUUGUAGUAAGUUUAAAACAGAAAUUGUUCAAGUUAGAACAACAAAUGAAAGAGAAAGAGGCAGCGAUUACGGAAAUACACAAUGAUCCAAACUACACAAAAUCUGUCGAAACAGAAAUUCAAAAUAAAGCACUUAAAAAUGAAAUUGAACGACAAAAAGUUGAAAAAAUGAAGAUUCUAGAGAAUAAUUAUCAUAGUACGUUGCAAGAAGAAAUGAAAAAUGCUAUACAAAAACUCGACAAAGAAAACAAAGAAUUACAAAAAGAAAAUAAGAUGUUACGCAAAAAACUUGAUGAAGUCGAUCAAAAUCAAAACGUAUCAUCGAGAGAACCAAAACACAAGAAUACUGAUGACGAUGUUGAUAAACAAACACAAAAUGAAAAAGAAAGAGACAUAAAAAAAUUAAAUGAAACAAUUGAGAAAAUAAAACGAGACAGAGAUCAUUAUCGAGAACAAUUGAAUGAAACAGAAAAUGAAUUAUCGAAAUUAAAGCGAGAAUAUGAAAGAAAUGAACAUAAUUUUAAAUCCAAAUUAGCUAUAGGCGAUAGUGGAGAACUGAGUGGUGGACGAUCGUCCCCAUCUCGAAUGACGCCACCUACUAAACAAAGUACAUCGAAUUUGAAACGAGAUGAUCUGUCUCACCGUCCAUCAUCACCAUCAUUAAAACGAUCAAAGUCACCGUCAGUAAGAAAGAAAAGUGAUUCGGAUGAUGACUUUAUCAAGAAAACUGCUAGACCAAACAAUAUGACGAAAUCAAACGAAUCACUUAGCGGACGUCAUACACCAACGCGAAAAUCAAAUUCCCCAAAACAUGAUGAAGUGGAACGUGUGUCAAGUCCAUUAGGUCAAAAAAAAUCAAAUCAAUCGGUGGAAAAUGCAAGACGUGGUUCUAAAACACCAUCAUGGAACAAAGAGGAUGAAAAACUUAGUAUUACAACUCCAGACGAUAAGAUACGGAAUGACAAAUUAGAUAAGGCAAAAGAUAAAUCCGAUAAUCAUUUUCCCCGAACAAGUCAGCAGAGUAUGAAAACAUCAAAAUUGAAAGAAAAUGAAACAGAAAUCAAACCUGGUACAUCCAACAGUGGUUUUGAUAAUGCACUCAAAACUGUUCAGUCAGCAUUACGAGGUCAUUUACAUCGAUCAGAAUUGACGAAAGGCCAAAAUAAUCGUCCCAGAACUCCUACAGUUGAAAAAGAACCGAAAAUAGUUAACGAUGAUGACGAUGAUGAUGUCGUUGUUGCAUCGGAUCGUCCACAAACUUCCGCCAAACGCCGUGACUCACGUUCUCAAUCACCGAUAAGUACGGGCGGGCAGGUAGAUCGUAAUCGAUCUCCUGUUUCAACAUCGAAGCAAAACUUGUAUAACGAUCGUAAUCACACACCAAUAUCAACUUCCAAACGAAAAAGUGUUCAUGAAGAGCGCAGCCGUUUUAAUCAAGGUAGUCGUCCAGAAGUAACCGGCAAUCGUGACUCAUCACUCCGAACGCGUCAACCAUCUCCACCACCAUCUCAGCGUCCACCUUCGAGACAAAGUUCUCCUCCAGUUUCCAGAACAAAUUCACCAGGUCCUCCUUCCUCAUUACUGCCGCGAGCAUCCCGGAAAAGUCCAACACCAUCCAAACAUUCCUUUAAUGACGAUGACGAUGUCAUGUGA